AUGACACCAGGGAAACUUAGAACUUUGUGUGAAAUAGACUGGUCAGCAUUAGAGGUGGGUUGGCCAUCAGAAGGAAGUCUGGACAGGUCCCUUGUUUCAAAGGUUUUAAUGCAUUAUGCCAAAGUAUAUUUUCACCAGUAUAAAAAGAUCUUCAUGACUCACCAAUUUACAACCAGACCUUUCAUGAUCCAGAACCCAGACAAUGAGUUUUUGAAAGCAACUCAAAUGCAAAGUCAAGAGACUGCCCUUGAACAACUUUGGAAGGUACUAUACCAAGUUCUUCUUACCAACCAUACAGCAAUAAAACUUCACGGCUUGGAUCCACUCCUUUCAGCCCAGGAGAGCCCCUCCAGACUCUUGGGACUGUACACUCACCAGAGAUCUCAAGAAGAAAGAAUUCGACUCAGGAGCAUAAGACAGAGGAACGACCAAGGCAAGUUUCAGAGCAGGAGUGGAAGUUUAUUAAAAAGCUUUAGAGCAGUAAGGACAAAAAGGAAAGAGAAGGAAAGACUUGGAAGAGGGCCAAGUGGGCGACUUGAGAAACCAACUGAACCUCAGCCUGAUCUUGAUCUUACAAUCUGCCAAGUCCUUUUACUUUGCACCUGGAUCCAACUUUUCUCUGUCACCCUCAACAACAUCAAUUAUCAUCAUCAUCAUCAUUACAAGAUUAACAACAGCAACUGCAUCAGUAACAACAGCAUCUGCAUCUAUCAUUUCUUUUUUUUUCAUCUGUUACAAUGAACUACGUCACCUAUCAUAAAUUAGUUCUACUGACCCUCAUAUUUCCAUCUCCCUUCACUUUUUGAAAGACUAUUUUUCUUCUCAGUUAUCUCUAUUCUUCUGCACUAUCAAUCUUUCCUGAGUCGAUUGUAGCAAGCAAUAUAACAAUCCAUUCAAAUAUUAUAAUACAUUAUAUAUAACGGUAAAAGAACAUGUACUGUUCUUUUGAAAAUUUCAUGAGCAAAUGGGGAAGAAAGUAAAGUUUACAAAUUUAAAAAGAAAAUAAAUUCUAAAGAUAAACUCAGGAAAUCCCACUGAGAGCCAGAAAACUUGAACAUUCAAUCUAAGGAAUAAUUUAUGCAUUGCAAUUUCAUCUUAUCUCAUUGUGGUAUUAUUAAUGCCUUGAAGAUACUUCUCUGCAGUUAUAUUACAGGAAACAGUGACAAGACUGUUAAGCUAUAAUCAUAAAUGUAAAACAAAUUUUUCUGAAGUCUUAAGGCAAUAACUUGUAUAUCUAUAAAAUUACAAAAAAUUUACAAGUUGGUCAAUUUCAUUUAAUAUUAAUGCCAGAAAAAUAUAUCUCAAUUAUUUUUCAAAAUAGUAUACAUUACAUACCAGAAUUGUGCCCUUGAAAUAUAUUUGAACUCUUCCAAAGAAAAAAAUCCAAACUUAAUUAUGUCUUCUGAAGCUGAUUUUUGUCAUAUAACACAUGAUAUAAGUGGGAAUAUAAUAUCCUCUAUUUCACAAGAUUGCUCCAAAAAUACAAUGAGAUAUACUGGUUUAUAUAUCUUUAAAAGAGAUAAUAUGUAAAGUGUCUUAUAUGGUUUCUGAAAUACAGCAUGUAUUUUAAAAUGUUA